GUGGGUUUUGAACUGUUUAUAAACUCAAACAACUGUUAAAAUUCUUAAUUUUAAAUUUUAUUUUCUAACGAUUCUGUGAAAUAUAAUAAUAAGUGAAUCCAUAUUCAAACAGAAUCUUUAAUAAUAAGUUACACUUUAGAAUGAAUGACUUAAUGAAAGUAUUGCUCGCAUUUGUGGUGUUUAUUGUGAUCCAAGUCUCCAAACAAGAAGAAGACUCACAACUCAUUCAAACGUAUUCUCAAUGCAUUCGGUGUCAAGAGAUGGACAGACAAUGCGCGGCCAUUAUGACGGACAAGAGGUCAGACACGGGAACCUUAAGGAUGUCCAACAGGUUCGGUAAGAGAGACGCCGAGACCCUGCGUAUGUCCAACAGGUUUGGCAAACGAGACGCCGAGACUCUGCGGAUGUCCAACAGAUUCGGCAAACGAGACACUCCUGAGACCCUCAGAAUGUCCAACAGAUUCGGUAAGAGAGACACCGAAACACUCCGGAUGUCCAACCGAUUCGGCAAAAGAAAUGGUGAGAUAUUUGACGAGAGUUUGGGUCAAAACAGGAAUCCCAUCGACUCAUAGAGUAUGAGGUUUUUGUCAAUUCAACUAAUUUUGAUUUUAUCACAAAAUACUCAAUAAAAUAAUAUU